AUGGCAGCUCUUCAUCCCUCAGCCGCGGGGAAUAAUGCAUCUUCCACCGCCUCCAGCACAUCCUCAAACCCACAAUUCACUCCAGUCUCAUAUGGCUCGGAUGAAGACCGUCCAGUGCCAGGGCCCGCAAAAUCCCCUAUAGGCCCAUUGCGACUGCAGACCAACUUCGAUGACCAUCUAGACGUUGGCGACCCUCUAUCCGAUUUCGAGAACGACGGCGACUAUAAUACCAGAGGAGAGACUGAGGGGAAGCUGCAGCGCAGUGGUUUAGGUCCGAGAUAUACAAUAGAGGAGGAGAGCGAUGUAGUGAGGAGAUUUGACCGACGGCUGGUUCCGUUUUUGGCCCUUCUCUACUUACUCUCCUUCCUGGAUCGCUCAAAUAUUGGAAAUGCAAAGAUAGCAGGACUACAAGACGAUCUACAACUUUCAUCUUCGCAAUAUGAAUGGCUACUUACUGCUUUUUACAUUACUUACAUUCUCUUCGAAUGGAUGACACUGAUGUACCGUGUUGUCCCUCCGCAUAUUUAUAUCUCUCUAUGUGUAUGUGGAUGGGGACUUGUCGCGUCAUUUCAGUGUUUAGCGACUUCUUUUGGGGGGCUGGUUGUCCUCCGAGCGUUGCUCGGAAUCACUGAGGCGGCUUUUGGACCGGGUGUUCCAUUUUACCUGUCUUUGUUCUAUCGCAGACAUGAGUUGGCUUUCCGUAAUGGACUGUUUAUCUCAGCGGCACCACUCGCGACAUCCUUUGCUAGCAGUCUGGCCUACUUGAUUGUCAGGUUCAGCAGUGAUGGUCCGAUCUCACCGUGGCGAACCCUGUUCCUCGUGGAGGGAUUCCCGAGUGUAAUUGUUGCGGUAUUUGCUUGGUUUUUGAUCCCGGACUCACCUGGCCGGGCUCGAUUCCUGAGUCGCCGACAAAGGGUGGUGGCUCAGCAGCGUCUCGAAGAGAGCACUGCCGACUACCAGCAAUCAUAUGGAAGUCGAUUUAACUGGCGAGAAAUUCUGAAAACGGCAGCGGAUCCUAAAGCUUAUAUGGCUGCCUUUAUGUUCUUCAGUUGCAACGUCGCUUUCAGCUCAAUGCCUGUCUUUUUGCCUACUAUCAUCAAAGACAUGGGAUAUUCCUCCCUACAAGCCCAAGCCCUCUCCGCACCUCCCUAUCUCGUCGCAUUUGUUGUAGUCCUCCUCACCGCAUAUGCAUCGGACCGCAGCCGCUCUCGGAGUCCAUACCUAAUAGCCCAUGCCCUCAUCUCAUCACUCGCUUACCUAGCGAUCGCGGUGACGGGUUACUUCCACUCACACCUGCCACCAUGGCUUCACAUAUCCAUACGCUACAUAUGUGUCUACCCCGCCACGGCCGGGUUCUUCUCCGCAAUUACGCUCAUCAUCACAUGGUCAAUGGAUAACCGUGUCGAAAAGGAAGGCAAGGGCGCAAGCAUUGCCAUUCUCAAUAUCAUCGGACAGUGUGGUCCCCUACUCGGGACAAGACUGUAUCCUGAGACUGAUGGGCCGUGGUAUAUUCGGGGCAUGGCUACUUGCUCCUUUUUCAUGGUUGUUGUUGCGAUCUUGGCCGUGGGACUGCGGAUUCUUCUGCAGCGGAUGAACCGGGCGACUGCGGAAACGACCUAUACUAUUGUACAGGCUGGUCCUGCUGAUCAGGGUGAAGAGCGGGAUGUGCUUAUGGCUCUAAUGGAGAAUAUUACCUAUGAAGCCAUUGUCAUAGGAGCUGGGCCCGGCGGGUUAGCUACACUUGCAGCUUUGUACGAUGCAGGACUCAAGCCAAUUUUAUGGAUUGACAGAACCUUCAAGGGAGGAAGACUCAACACUGUAUACCGAGAGAUAUCAUCUAACACAAAAAUUCGUGAUUAUUUGAAGGCGAUCUAUAGUUCUCCAGUUUGCGUUUCGAUCAUUAGAUCUAUUCGUCCCCCUAAUGCUGUGACAGAACUUGAAUCUAUGAAUAGAGACAAUACCUGCCAGCUCAGUUUCGCCGGGGAUAUGAUUUUAAUGCUCGUAAAUGGAAUGCUAGAUCGUUCUGAAGUCCAGAGCAUUGAAGGCGAAGUCGAGAGGGCUUCUUUGGAGGGAGGCAUAUGGACUGUGUCAACCUUCAACAAGAACUUCCAAACCAAUCGACUGUUUAUGUGUACCGGCUCUCAGCCCAAUAGCUCCAGUAUGCAUUAUCCAUUUAAUAAAAAUCUGACCGUACUUGAUCUGGACGAGUGUAUGCUUCGCUCUCACUUGCCAUCCGCUAUUCCAAAGGACCGUAAAUCGGUGGUGGCAGUUAUUGGAAACUCUCAUUCUGGCAUUUUGUGCUGCAAGAAUCUUUACGAAAGUGCAAAGUCGAACGAACGAGACAUCAAAAUCGUCAAUUUUUACCGCAGACCAAUCAAGUAUGCCAAGUAUGUCGACAACGGUAUUAUCUUCGAUAACACCGGACUCAAAGGCAGCACCGCAGAAUGGGCCAAGGAAGUCAUGGAAAAUGAUCCAGACCCGGAAGUCAUAGAACAAAUUGAUUUGAGCCAAAAUCAGGAUUUGGCCUUUCGAGAGCAUUUGUGUCGCUGCACCCAUAUCAUUUAUGCAAUCGGAUACGCACGUUCGCCAUUACCGGAAAUAUAUAUUGACAGACAACGUGCUGGCGAGGAGCUCAUAUUUGACAUGCAUUCAUCGGGGUUCCAUUACGGUGAUAGGGCUGAGAGAGUCCGAGGGCUUUAUGCUAACGGUAUCGCUUUUCCAGAGGAAGUGAAAGAUCCGGGAGGACAUGUAGAAGCUGCGGUGGGAGUCGCCAAAUUUUUCAACUUUGCUGAACGGAUGAAGAGGAAUUGGUUGAGUGUUGAGUGA